AUGGUGCUCCACAUCUACCACGUCACCGUAGGGGAGAAGGAGUUCCAGUUUUCUACCAACAUCGACAAGCGCACGCAGGAGACGUAUCGGCGUGAUGUGAACAAGGCCAUCGAGGAAGUCAGUUCCACCAUUCUCGAGCAGCUGACCGGCGGAGAUGCGCUGUGCUGCACAUGCAAGGCAGCGCCGGCGACGCGGCUGAUUCACCACACGAUGCUCUUCGCCGAGACCUUCCCCCCACGUGUGGAAGACCUGCCGCAGCAGGUGUGCAACUCCUCCAACUGCGAAGCAGUGGCGAAGGCGAGUUACCUGAUGGACAUGGAAGAUGCCACCAUGGCCCAGGGGAUGGUGAGCCCCAACGGGUGCUUUCACUGUCACAAAGGGGUGCGAAGCGCUGCUUCGGCCGCUGCUGCUGCUGCGACGACGACGGCAGUACCACUUCAGCGCUGCAGUCGAUGCAAGGUGGCCAAGUAUUGCAGCGUCGAGUGCCAGAAGGCGGACUGGAAGGUGCACAAGGGGGUGUGUACUCCCGCGCAGGUGAAGUGA